AUGUGUGCCACUCCCCCCGCCACGUGUCACCGCCACCAUGGGCAACAUCCAUGCCCGCCACUGCCCCACGUGUGCCACCACCGCGUGCCUCGCUUCCCCGCGUGCCACUGCUGUGUGCCACUUCUGCCCGUGCCCUGCCCAUCUAACUCCCCCGUGUGCCACCGCCGCGUGCCACCGCAGGUUUGCCCCGGCGUGGGCGAGGGUGGCACCGUGGCGGUGCCGGAGACGCUGCUGUUUGUCUCCACGCUGGACGGCAACAUGCACGCCGUUUCACGCCUCACCGGCGCCGUCAAGUGGACCCUCAAGGAAGAGCCCGUGCUGCAGGUGCCCGUUCAUCUUGCCGAACCCGCAUUCCUGCCGGACCCCAGCGAUGGCAGCCUCUACACGCUCGGGGGGAAACACGGCGAGGGACUCGCUAAGCUGCCAUUCACCAUCCCGGAGUUGGUGCAGGCCUCUCCGUGCCGCAGCAGCGACGGCGUCCUCUACACCGGCAGGAAGGUGGACGCGUGGUACGUGGUGGACCCCACCACGGGUGAGAAGCAGCAGACACUCACCACGGCCUUCCCUGUCAACGUGUGUCCCUCCUCACCACUCCUCUACAUCGGCCGCUCUGAGUACACGGUGACCCUGUACGACACGGCGACGCGCGAGGUGCGUUGGAACGCCACCUACUACGACUACUCGGCCAGUCUGCCCGACGUGGAGGCGCAGCAGCAGCAGCACUCGCUGGUGCACUUUGCUUCGAGCGGCGACGGGCUGGUGGUGUCGGUGGACGGCGACACGGGGCAGGUGGCGUGGGCCCGCGACUUCGGCUCGCCGGCCGUGGGGCUGUACGCGUGGAGCGGCAGCGCGCUGCGCCGCGUGGCGCGCACCGCCGUCGCCGCUGAGACGCUGCGCUUCCUCACCUUCAUGUCGGGCGACGCGGGACGCAUCACGCGCUGGAAGUACCCCUUCCCGCUGGGGCCCGCCAACACCAAGCUGCUACCGACCCUGUACGUGGGGAAGUACUCGAGCAGCCUGUACGCGUCGCCCUCGCUCGUCCACGAGGGCGUGUCUGUCGUGCCGAGGGGCCGGCCCCUGCCCCUGCUGGAGGGCCCCGUGCCGGACCAUCUGACGUCGCCCGUAUCGGGCGACGAAGGCCACGAGUGUGAGAUCACCCCCAGCACCCAUGUCAAGUACCCACAAGGCACUGGGGCUGGCGCUCGCUCCCAUCUGCAGUCCAACCACUGGCUGCUCAUCGGGCACCACGAGCGCCCGCUGCCGGCGCUCGGCGAGCUCCCCAGCGGCCUCCCCGAGCGCGCCGCCGCAUCCGGCACCGUCAUCCCUAGCGCCGGCGCUGGCGGCGGCAGAGACGGUGGCGCGGAGGGCGGCGAUCGACACUCGUACACGCCUGACCCCGGCGGAGAGCCCUCGCCCCCCGAGAGGGACGCCGGUCGGGGUGGCGGCGCCCGGGGGGGCGGGCCGGGCCCCCCGCCCGCGGCGGGCCCCCCCCCCCCGCGGCCCCCCCAGGAGCCCCCCCCCGCGGUGUCGAGGGACGUGGCCGUGCUGCUGCUGGGCUCCGUGCUGCUCGCCGGAUGGGUGGCCUUCCUCGUCACCUACCCCAGGACGGUGCAGCAGCAGCAGCAGAGCCAGCAGCGCCAGCAGCUUGAGGAGCGCCUGGAGGAGCGCCUGCAGCUGCUGGCGCAAGCGCAGGCCUUGGCCCUGGCGGCGCCCGGCUCCCCGGCUCCGUCACAAUCCUCCUCCUCAUCGUCGUCGUCCGCCUCCUCCUCCUCAUCGCGGCUGCCCCCCCGCUCCCCGGGGGGGGGAGAGCGGCGCCCCACCGACUCACCCCGGCACCGCUUGAGCCGCUCCUCGGGGUCGGGACGCCUGCGUCACUCUGGCGGUGCCACGGCCCCCGGCGCCGUCGCGGAGGGGAGCGCCGGCGAUCGCGGCGACGACGACGAGGAGGCGGGCGAGGAGGAGGAGGAGGAGACGCGUGUGGGCAGCAUCUCGUUCUACCCGCGCCACGUGCUGGGCCACGGCGCCGAGGGCACCAUCGUCUACAGGGGCCGGUUUGACGGGCGUGCCGUGGCGGUGAAGCGCCUGCUGCCCGAGUGCUUCAGCUUUGCGGAGCGCGAGGUGCGGCUGCUGCGCGAGUCAGAUGAGCACGCGCACGUCAUCCGCUACUUCUGCACGGAGCGCGACCGACAGUUCCAGUACAUCGCCACCGAGCUGUGCGCCGCCACUCUGCGCGAGUAUGUGCUGGACCCGGCCUUCGAGCGGCGAGGCCUCGACCCGGUCACGCUGCUGCAGCAGACGCUGUCCGGCCUGGCUCACCUCCACUCGCUCAACAUCGUGCACAGGGACCUGAAGCCCCACAACAUCCUGCUGUCGCUGCCCAGCGGCCACGGCCGCAUCAAGGCCCUCAUCUCCGACUUCGGCCUCUGCAAGAAGCUGUCGGCCGGCAGGCAGAGCUUCAGCCUGCGAUCGGGGAUUCCCGGCACGGAGGGGUGGAUCGCGCCGGAGCUGCUCACGCAAGACUGCAGCCCGACAUGUGCUGUAGACAUCUUCUCCGCUGGCUGUGUGCUCUACUUCGUGCUGUCGGGGGGCCGCCACCUCUUCGGGGACCGCCUGCACCGCCAGGCCAACAUCCUCGCCGGCGUCUACAGCAUGGAGCAGCUGGCGCCCGACGAACACGACGGCGUCAUCGCCCGCGCCCUCAUCGGGUCGAUGAUCGCGGCUGUCCCCGCCCGGCGGCCGUGCGCCGCCCGCGCCCUCAAGCACCCCUUCUUCUGGAGCCGCGAGAAGCAGCUCCACUUCUUCCAGGACGUGAGCGACCGGCUGGAGAAGGAGCCGCUGGAGUCCCCGGCGGUGCGGGCGCUGGAGAGGGGCGGCCGCGGCGUCGUGCACGACGACUGGCGCUCCCGCAUCACGCCGCCGCUGCAGACCGACCUGAGGAAGUUCCGGUCGUACCGCGGGAGCUCUGUGCGCGACCUUCUGCGCGCCAUGCGCAACAAGAAGCACCACUAUCGCGAGCUGCCGAGCGACGUGCAGCAGACGCUGGGCGCCGUGCCCGACGACUUUGUCUCCUACUUCACGUCGCGGUUCCCGCUCCUCCUGCUGCACACCUACACCGCCAUGGCCGCCUGCGCACACGAGCGCCUCUUCCACGCCUACUACCACCACGAGGAGCACCGGCAGGACGCCGAUGCCGCCGCCACCGGCACCACCGCCACCACAACCGCCGGCACCACCGCCGGGGCCCCCGGCACCACCGCUGUCGGCACCGCCGCCGCCGCCGCAACCGCCGGGGCCACCAAUGCCACCAAUGCCACCAAUUCCACGGUGGCCCAAGCGCCACUGCUGGCGCCACCGACGGAGGCUUGAGCACCAGCGAUGCGGGGAGAGCGGCUACAGCUGCUUGCUGCUGCAUCUGCUGCUGCUGCAUCUGCUGCUGCUGCAUCUGCUGCUGCUGCUGCAUCUGCUGCUGCUGCUGCAUCUGCUGCUGCUGCUGCAUCUGCUGCAUCUGCUGCUGCUGCAUCUGCUGCUGCUGCUGCAUCUGCUGCUGCUGCAUCUGCUGCUGCUGCUGCUGCUGCAUCUGCAUCAUCUGCUGCAUCUGCAUCUGCUGCUGCAUCCUGGGAGAUGCAGCAGCUCUGGUUGGUGUCCCGAGCCUGGCAUGGCCGGCGAAGGGUGCGGGCCAGCGGGGGAGGCGUGACGGGGAGAGAGCAGCUAAUGGACAGAUGGGGGAAGUGAGUGGACGGACAGACGGCAGCAUGGACCCAGGCCGUGGCACUGGAGGCCUUGACCAGACUGCUGUGGGAAGUGGUGGGGCAGGGGUAGCAAGCCCACUCGCCCUGCCGCUCUUCCCCCAACAAACUUUGCCACACGACGAUGAGGAUGCUGAGAGGAGUGGACCCUGCAAUACUUGUGGCCCAAAGUGCCUCCAAUAAAGCUGGUGUGACUGGCUGCCCCUGCUGGGGUUGUGGGUGGGGUUUGUGGGUGGCCCCAGACUGCUGACAGUGAAGUGCUUAUUUAAAUGGUGAUGGUGUUGGGAGCUCCCUUGUUAUCUUUUUUUUUGAGAUAAUGAAAUUGACCAAAGUUUUAAAAAGCAAAAAAAAACAUUUUUACAGGAUGCCACCGCCUCAAUCUACUCGUGCAGAUUUCGACGUGGUGGUGGUGCACGUUUGUGCGCAUGCGUGUAUUUAACUUGAUUUGUACUUCUGAAACCACUGUAAAUAA